AUGCUCUUACGAGUGGAAAUGCUAGGCUUCAUUCAUGCCAGAACUACAGACCCGAGAGCGAGAUACGAUCUCUACACGCAAGAUGGGUUGAGUAGUUUUUGGACCUCCCCGUCCGAUCGGCGUGUUUACCUUGAAUCCGAGGUCAAGCCACUCACAGGGAGCCAUUACAGCGUUAAAGAGGGUGUUGACUUCCUAAAAGAAAAGGAAGUCUGUGUUGAAAAUGCACUUCAAUACCAGUACUUCGACAGCUCGUACAACACCUUCAUUACCAUUCUGGAUUCCAGUCAACAAGUAUCCAAAAAUUGCACAUACCAACUUCCGUCUCGCUCGUCGCAAUUUCAAGCUUACUUGAGGUCAUCUACCAUAUUGAAUGUCAUAACCCCGAACCAGGUGAUUGCACGCUUGUCCGAUUGCCCCCCGCACUUCUCUUUGGUCGAAUACAAGACCUUCAGGUGUCUUCCUAUUGGGUACAGAAUCCAGUAUCAGAAUCUUCUGGUGCAGCUUGCAAUGCCAACUAUUGACUUGAAUAAGAUCGAGACGCAUUGCUUGCUUUUGCAGACCAUGCACCGCGCAGGUCCGCCUACAAGCAACAACAAGCUAGAGCGUGUUGCCCACGAGAUCCUCAUGGAUGAGACGUUCUUUCGAGCCCUUGUGGAUAAGAUCGAAACGGCUCUGAGGCGCAUCAGCGAAAAUUGGGAGACUUGGAGAGCUGUCGCCGCUCUAGUGCAGGUAAUGUUGCGAAUACUCAGCAUCAAUGCUUCGGAUCAGAUUGCCACAAGAUGUACGCAGCUGCUUCAAGAGGCUCGUGUGAUAUCAUUGGAAUGGUUGACUCGCCUCAAGAAACGGCUCCCUACAGUAAUAGACGAUCUGCAGCGGAAAGAGCUCUCUUCCAGACUUACCGAAAUAGGUUUCCUGUGUACGAAUACAUUCGACAUCGACGGAAGAUUCCUAAAAGACAUCCUUUGUUCCCCUUCAAGAGUUUCGGUACUGCUUCAGGCUUCAAUCGUGGUGCAAGAGAACAAAGAUGCCACAUCUUCGGAGCACGAGUAUCUCCAUCGCGCUAUGCUGCAGUCGUGGAGAUCACUGCUUCCUCGAGCUUUGUCAGUGCUUACCAGAGAGAUAUCUUCUGACAUCGUACAAGAAGGUCUCAACCGAGCUGUGGCGGCAUUCGUACUUGAGGAUCCUCAACACCACUGGGUCCACGUCGAGUACGAUGCACAAGCUGUACACCUCAGCCUCCUUACCGCUGAGUUGCUCGUGAACGGGCUGCCACUUUCUCGACUGCCAGUGCAAUACUGUCAACAUCAAUUGUAUGCUUCGCCCCUCGACAAGGUGCCUAUAGAGGUGACAUCUGCUGUAGAGCCAGGCAUGGAGUUUUCUGCGAUGCACCCCUUCCACCCCAAAUGGUGUUACAACCUCAAUUUCGGAAUGGAAGGCUCGAAUAUGCUUAUCCUAGCUGCUCGAGGUGGAACGAAAUUUGAUCUUGUCCCCUCUCGUGUAUUCGAGAAUCGACUUCCGACAAUGUCCGUUGCUGACUACUUCCACUGGUAUGACCACGAUACCGGGAAAGUAGAAAUUCGCCCCCGAGACGAUUCCUGGGCUUCAUCAGGCGCAGUAUCAUCCUUCGACGUGCUGACAACGGCCAAUAUUGGCCUCCUGGAGUCCAUCGCUCGACUGACACCAGGACGGAUGUUCUAUCCUUCUCAUAAGGAGGUCAUGCAAGAGCUUCACCUGCUUGAGAGAGACACGAUAAGAACAUCGUCUGUCCGCGUCGAUGGCUUUGGCGCAGAGUACCAUACCCGUACUUUUAAUCAGUGUUAUGAAGUCAUAGCUAGCGUUGCCGACCCGCAACGGGGACCGCGUGGUGCCGUUGCCGCUGAACUGAUUUUUCGCAGGCAGGCUACUCUCCACUCUCCUGUCCACGCGCAUAGCCUCGUGAAAUCCCUUCGAACAAUCCAUCUGCAUGACGCCACAGUCCAAGGUUACAACGCAUUAUUGGAGCCACCCACGCUUCGUUACAACGCUUCAUGGCUCGUGGAGCCAUCUUCCUUCCUCCCAGACAUGUGGUGCAACCUGCACUCAUGGCUUGCGACAACGCCUUGGCAUUAUAACAAGUUCGAUCUGAUGAUUUGGUUGUCAACUGCAGCGUUCACGGAAUCCGCAGACACGGAUGUCAUCCAAGCCCUGGCCGCAUUCUAUAAUUGCUCUGAUCUAGCGCCAGUCGAAAUCCCUUCGGACGCCAGAUUCGACUUAGCAGAAGGAGAUUCUCCUGCUUUAUCUACCAUUAAGAAUCUGGUACAGAUACAUCAACCUUACGAAGUUUGUCCUGAGUAUGACUUACCGCAGCUGCCCGGCGAGCAGUAUUGGCAAUGGGACAGGAGAAGAAGAACACUUUUUGAGAUGCAUCAAAGCAACGCUGCCAAGACUGUCGCACGCGCACUCCACAACCAGUGGCCCUGUGAGGUACCAAGUACACCACGUACUCAGUUUGCGGAAACAUACCUGAAUACUGAGAGGGCUAUGUCGGAGGUUGGGCGAAUGUUCAAAAUCUGGUACGAUAACCGUUGCUUUUAUCGAUACCUUGAGAACAUCUCAUCGACUCUGGCACGACAAGAUGUUGACCCUUUGAGGAUUAGAGACAACCGCGUCGCUUAUGUGCGCGAAAACUGUAGAGGGAUACAUAAAUCCUCUUUCUGCAGUGUCAAAGACAUCUUCGGCUUAGAGGCGCCGGCAUUAGUUGCAUUUUCAUCGAGCCCUACCGACUUGUGCUUGUCAAUGUUGCCGACGCCGCUCCCAAAGUUGACAGAGCAGCGAGCCAAAGACAAAGGUAUCGAUCAAGCCAGGAUGCGGCUCACGUCGCUUUUCCGAAAGCUCAGACCCGGUGCAAAGUCUCUACGUGAGAAGGAUUACCUCUUGGACUUAUACGCAAGUUGCGACUCGCUUGCACUCCACAGAAAACCACCCCCAAUACGUGCGGACAUGACACAAAGCGAGCUCUACAGGCUCGUGGAGAGAUACGUGCACGAUUGCCAGCAGUAUCUUGAUGAUACGAGCUCCAUCCUACAAAACCAUAUUCACACAGGCGAUGGGAUUGCGGUCAAAAUAGGCCAAUCACCCCGAGUCUCCCCCAUAUUCUGGCUUCAAUUGGAAACCCAUGGAGUUUUUGAGACGUUGCUGCUUGAGGCCGAGAGUGGUCUACUAGUCCGCGAGGUGCAGGAAGAAAUCGCAAAACGGAUGCGAUGCCCACCGAAGCAAGCAAACUCCGUCAUGCAAUUCAACAUGGGAAAGGGAAAGUCCUCCGUCGUCAUCCCGACCAUCGCUGCCUAUCUGGCUCAAGGCGACUUAGCCCUUAAACUCAGUCCCUCCGAAGCUGAUGCUAUUGGCGAGAUUUUACAAGAAUGCAGGGCUAACCGUAGUAUUCUGCUCGUCCAACCUGAACACAUCUUGUCCUUCAAGCUUAUGGGCAUCGAGUGCCUCAGCGGGCAGUCUGACGUAGGAAGGUCACUUUUGCGAACUCAGCAUUUCUUCGACAGACACUCCCGGGACAUUUUCGAUGAAAGUGAUGGAAAUUCCAUCGUCAAGUUUGAAUUGGUGUACACAAUGGGUACCCAAGCGCCAAUACAGCUCAAUCCAGACAGAUGGAUCAUAAUCCACUCACUCCUGGGAUUGGUCACCAGAUACACCGCCGAUGUCAAGACAAUGUUUCCCUCUUCGAUUGAAUUCAACAAACACCAGGCGUCACAUUAUCCUCGCACGCGUAUUCUCCGUGGUGAUGCAGAAGAAAAGCUGCUGGACCUGAUCACGGAACACAUAUGCAUGGUCGGCAUCUCAGGCCUUCUUUCCAUAGCGCGGCAGCCUUCCGAGAUGAGACAGACUAUCCUACGCUACAUCCGCCAGCGUAAUCUCACCCCUACAGACGUUGACGCAGUUGAAAAAGGGACUUUCUCCACAGAAACCACCGAAGGCCUGCUGCUCCUCUUGCGGGGUCUCAUUGCAGGCGGUGUGCUAAGCUUUGCGCUAAAGUCCAAGCGAUGGAGGGUCAAUUACGGUAUCGCCCGCAGCCGCAAACCAAAAACUCAAUUGGCUGUGCCAUACCGCUCGAAAGACAGCCCGUCGCCCCGGUCCGAGUUCAGUCAUCCGGAUGUGGUCAUCACGCUCACGUCACUUACCUAUUACUAUGGCGACCUAGAUGAUCAGGACCUCUUUGACACGUUUGCACAUUUCGAGAAGUCGGAUCAAUCCGAUGUUGAAUCGUCAUCAGUGCAUCACGGAGAUAUUCCCAUCGAUUGUUUUCUGUCCCACAUUGUUUUGCCCAAAGCGAUGAAGGAGUUUCCAUCCAAGCUCUCUGCAUCCGGCUGGGACCUUGGUGCCGUCAAAUCUCAUCCCACGACCGGCUUCAGCGGCACGAACGACUCACGUCAAGUACUCCCGCUCAGGGUUCGUUAUAUUGAUUCCGAAAAACAGAACCACACCAAUGCCCUAGUGUUGGCUUACCUACUGCAGGAUGAGAAUUCUGUCAAACUGCUACCGUCGCAGACAGAUGCUGAGCGUCUACUGGAGAUCGUCGACGCAAUGGAAUUGCCGACUCGGGUGAUUCUCGAUGCUGGUGCGCAAAUAUUGGAGCUCAGUAACUUUCAAGUGGUUGAAACGUGGCUUCGCAUAAGCAACUCAAACGAUAUCAAAGCAAAAGCAGUCAUCUUCUUCAACGACCAUGAAAAACUCUCGGUCCUCGAUCACAAUGGCUGCGUUGAGCGACUGCAAACAUCGCCGUUUUCGAAGCAUCUGCAAGAAUGUCUUGUAUAUCUCGACCAGGCCCACACCUGGGGAACGGAUUUGAAGAUGCCGAAGCAAUACCAGGCCGCUGUAACGUUAGGCGCAAACUUGACAAAGGAUGCGCUAGUGCAAGCAUGUAUGCGGAUGCAGAAGCUGAGCAAGGGCCAGUCAAUCGUCUUCUGCAUUCCGGAAGAGAUACAGACAAAGAUUCUGCAGUGCACCUCAAAGUCGUGCAGUACAGAGAUAGAAGUUUCUGUUCUUUUGGUAUGGGCAAUCGCAGAGACGUGGGCAGACAUGCGGCGGAAUAUACCUUUGUGGGCUGCUCAAGGUCACCGCUAUGAGGACUACAAGGAUUGCUUGAACGGAGCGGAAGCAACUGUAGAGCAAGCGAAAUCUUUUCUCGAAACAGAAGCGCAAAGCCUCGAAGAUCGCUAUCGACCUCGUCCUGGUAAUCUAUCCGAUGCAAUGAAGGAUCGGGACACCAUCAAUAGUAGCAUUCGGGAGAUCCUCAAGCGUUAUCGAGACUUCGAGGCAGUGUCUCUAGACACAGCAACGCUUCAAGAAGAGCAAGAGAGAGAACUCUCAACAGAAAUCGAGGAAGAGCGCGAAGUCCAGAGACCUGCACCUAUGGAAGCUGAGAAGCACAAAUUACACCCUGACCUUGUCAGGCUGGUGGACGCUGGCGUUUUUCCGGAAAGGUCAAGCGCAUUCAUAUCCGCGUUUCAGACUCUGAAGUCAACGAGUGCUGCAAAACAAUUUGAUCUUGAACAAUUCCCAGAAGACCUGCUCAUGACAGCGGACUUCGAGCGCACUGCCAAGCACCCACAAGGAGUCAUGUCAGACUCUCCCUUCGAAGCUGAACAACUCAUCGCGAAAAUUCGAACCUCGAAGCUAGUGACACUGCAUCUUUACGCUCCGCGUCCUAAUCGGAGCUAUGGCCCACUCGAUACGCUCGACCUGUAUUGCGUCGGCCGUGAGUUCUCUGCAGGCAUCUUGAGCCUUUGCCGAAGCCAGAUCGUUCAGCUCAAUCUCUUCGCCAGCCAACUCUACUUCCAGUCCUACGCAGAGUAUGCCGAGCUGUGUAGAUACCUGGGUCUAGCUUGGAAAACUCCUAGAGGGGGACAGAAGCUGCAGGUCGACGGAUUUAUUGUACCGCCUGCUGGUGUCUGGUGCUUGAACGCGAGUCCUGUACGGCUCUUGAAAGAUUAUAUGAAGACGAGACGAGAAGGGGAGGACAUGGAGAAGACGCAUCUCGUUAAAGUGCUUGAGUGUGGCUUGCUGGAGAAGUGCGAAAUCGAUAGCGAUUAGAUUGGGCGCGCCACUUUGAUACUUCCCCGAUCCUUGUCACGCUUCAUCACGCCGAGCAUUAAGAACGAGAUACUCGAGAAAAUGUCUAGAUUU